AAUUAGUUUCGGUGCCUCAGUCAUUCAUUCAGUCGCUUUAUCUUGUUUGCAUACGCUUUCUUACUUUUUUAUCCAAAUGGAUCAACCAAUCUCUGUUACUCUCUCUUCAACCACUGAUCCUCUCUGGAGGUCUUGCCACGAAUAUGAUAAUGAAAUGGUGAUCACUGUCAACGGUCGCCGUAUAUUCCCAACUCUCGAGUACACAGUGACAGGACUUGAUACUUUUAAGCUAUACUCAAUGUGCAUGCACUUGGAUUUGGUGGAUGAUAAGAAGCUUAGAUUCACUGGAGGACAAUGGGCUGAAUCAGUGUCAACUGAGAAAAAGGACCCACCUCGCAAAGUUUGGCAUCACAAUGGAUCACAAACUGGAAAGGAUUGGAUGCUCAGAAAUGUCAGUUUCGAUCAGAUUAGAAUCACAAAUCGGAAGUCAAAGGAAGAUGGCAACGCUUCGUAUGUUCACUUGCUCACCCAGCACAGAUACAUUCCAGUUCUCACCAUCUACGAAGGAGAUCAGCUAGUCCAUACCGCUCGUAUUCCACACAGCCAAUUCAUCAGUGUCACUGCGUAUCAUAAAGGCGAACUCAACACCUUGAAAACCAAUAACAAUCCGUAUUCAACUGGAUCUCGUAAGGAUCGUCGUCGUGAACGUCAAUCUCCAGUCUAUUCAGAAGGUACAAGCUCCGAGAAGAGCAUCUCACCACCACCUGCCAAGAAAAUCAAGGACAUGGCACCAGCCCUCCCUGACUAUUCAGUUAUUUCAAAACCAAACCUGCUCCAGUCUCUGAUUUUCCCCAUGAUCGCCGAACAGCCAAGCACAAGCCAAUCGCCCCCAGCUCCACCAGUGUUUCCAUUCAAUCCAGACCUCCAAAUGCAAAUGCUCCAGCCAUUUAUGCUCCCCCAAUUCGGGUUCCCAUGUGGAUUCCCAUCUAUCAAUCCAUUCAUGAAUCCAUUCCUCACUCCAUUCACUUCAAUGUUCCCAACUCCUACCGUAAGUCCAGACGGUGAAGGUGUAAAACUGGAACCGGAAGCCUUUGUUGAAGUUUAACUUUUGCUGGCACCUACAUUUUUUUCCAAUUUUUCAAAUUUUUCCAAAAUCCUUCCUCCGGGUGUAUUUUUCCUGUUUUCCCUUCUCAUUCCUUGUUAUUUUGUUAUUUUUUCCUAAUUUGAGUCAUCUUUGAAAUAAAAAUUGAGAAUCAUCAGU